CACAGUACCUAGAAGUGUUAAGAAACAAAAUUACUUUGACAUUUUUAAACCAUCAGAGAUAAUCAUGUACAAACACGAAAAAUGUAUAACUUUAGUCACCACUGCUUCUUCAUUUAAUCAAAAUUUAGCUUUAUUAAAUGUUGACGAGGAAUUAUCCGCCGAAGCUUUAGCUGUAGUUCAUGAAAGUUUUAUUAAUGUUAUUCCCGUUCUUUAUCCCCAUAGAAGAAGCAAGUAUGUUCCUCUUUGUGAUGGUGAAGAACGAGGAAAAGGUUUAAUAAAACAGGUUAAAUGGGUCAAACUUAAUGGAGAAACAUAUUUCAUUGUGUUAUCAAACAUCGGAUUACAAGUUUACGAUGCCGAAUUGAUCGAGCUAAAAUAUUUCCAUGCUUGCAAUGAAAUUGGAGAUGAUAAAAAUUAUACAAUUGGAAUAUGUGUAAUUAAAGACGAAAUACUUUGCGUUGGUACACAUCUCGGUACCGUUUGGAUGUUUCGCCCUAACGAAAACAACAAUUCCAAAUUUAACGUUAUCAGUCGUUUUUACGCCCACGACGAGGCCGUAUUGUUAAUGGACGGUUACGAAGAUUACAUGGUGACCUCGUCAGAUAUGAUGACCUAUAUGUGGGUGCAUAAAACGAAAGGAUUUGAUAUUAUAAGAAAAUUACACGUUCCAGGUUUAUUUUCUAAACCUUCAUCAUUAAAAGUAACAAAUUGUUUAACAUUUAUGGGUUACGACAGCGGCGAAUUUUGCAUUUUCGAUUUUUUCGACGAAGAUUAUUUAUCUCGCACUAUUGGGCAUAAAUUAAAAAUAACCGCGAUUGAUUUUUCUGCUUUAACUGGUUACAUUUUGACUGGUUCUCAAGAUUGUUACGUUAAGGUGUGGAAAUUUAAACAAAGUUUACCUGAAGCUCAAUUAUUAUUUUCAGUACUUAAUGAAGAUGGCCCGAUUUGUGGCGCUGCUUUUUUAAAUCAUACUUGCACCCAAUUUUGCGCUGUGGCAGUUGACGCAAUUAAUAUUAAUGUUUAUUGUAAAUUGGAGAAAGAAAAUGAUACAAAUGUUGUGGAUGUUGAAGAAAAUGAGAUUGAAAAAAUUGAUGAUUUUCCUAUUAUUGUUUAAAAUAACUUAUUUUUG